AACGUUUCGGUAUGAUUCGGGCAAGCAGGGCUUCAUGUGUGCUUAUCUCUGUGAGUGUGUGUUUGUGUCAUUCUGUCUACGUGAUUAAUACGUACUGGUCAUGUCCUGUUGAUUUUCCUGUGUGGGCAAAUCAUAAGAACAUUUCCCAAUAAUAAAACAAAACAUUUUUAUUUAGUUUUACGCACUAGGAAAGGUACCUGCCUACACUUGAAUUUCUCCUGUCUUCUUUUUUAAAUUUAUUUAGUCUUCUCGGAUCUUAUAAGGAAUAGUUGUAAGAGUGAGUUAUGUGAUCAGUGUCAUAUAAUAACGGGUAAAAAUUUGAUUAGGUCAUCUGGCCAAAUAAAGUUCACUCUAAAAUAAUCAAAAACAUGGCACUGGCCCUUUAGUUCAUUCUGUCACUGAUUUUAAACUCAGUGACCUUUCUGUUUAUCGGGCUCCGUUAUGUACCAUGCUUGGAAAUGAUUAAACUUUCGCUGCAACCGUACAUGCAGGAGGAAACCGAAAGUAUCAAAUGAGCUCGAAGCUUUCGCUUUCGCUUCCAAGAGCGCACUUAAUUUUAGUUACGACUUCUGCAUUUAAGUUUGCGGUGGGGUCUCAGUCUAGAAUUUUUUAUCAACGUCAUUGUAUUUUUAAGCUAUUGCAUUGUGUUUACAAACAUAUUGGAAGCUGGAACGGCGUUAAAAAAUAAUAAACUUGUUGAUAAUUGAUAUUUCGUUUGCGGUGGGAACGUGAUUAAAGUGCGCUCGAGUCACUUUGCACAUGUCUCCCUGACAUUUGAAAGUAGACUAUUGUUGCUGUAAACGCGGUAUGUGUUGAAGAUGGAAACAGGAGUUAAGAUGCACCUGAAAGAGUGGCUGGUAGCUCAGGUAGACAGUGGACAAUAUGAAGGACUGUCCUGGGAGGAUGAGGACAAAACCAUGUUCAGGAUCCCGUGGAAGCACGCAGCCAAGAAGGACUACAAACAGACUGAGGAUGCGGCUCUUUUCAAGGCCUGGGCUGUGUACAAAGGGAAAUACAGGGAGGGGAAGGAUAAAGCCGACCCCACCAUGUGGAAGACCCGUCUCCGCUGUGCACUCAACAAGAGCACAGACUUCCAGGAGGUCCCUGAACGCAACCAACUGGACAUCACUGAGCCCUAUAAAGUGUACCGUAUCCACUACGAUACUGGGCCGACCAAGCCAGCAGAGUCUCCUCAGAUAAAGGAUCAAGUAAUCAUCCAAGCUAAGAAGUCUCCAGUGAGCCACAGUUUUCUGGACAAACAGCUUCAUUAUCAAAAUGAAUCAUUUCAAGUGAAUAAAGAAGAAGAAAAACCACUGACUGAGGAUCUGAUGAGGGAGCACAUGUAUUGUGAGCUCACAGGAAAAAGAACUCAACAUCAGAUUCCUAGUCCUUCAACCUUCCUCAGCCCCCCAUUUACUGUAUCAGACUUUCGUAUGCAGGUGACGUUGUUGUACCACGGACAGAGGGUGACGAGAGUGAUCACCAGGAGUCCCGAUGGGUGCUUUAUCCUGCAGGGUCGUGUUCCCUUGGGAAAUGAACGGAUAUAUGGACCCUGCAGUGCCCAGCAGCUCUCCUUCCCUUCCCCGAACUCCAUAUCCCUGCCAUCGAGCAUGGUUGAAGCGAUGAACCGCCUUCUUUGUCAUUUGGAGAGGGGUGUGUUAUUAUGGGUGGCCCCAGAUGGGGUGUUCAUCAAGCGGUUCUGCCAGGGCAGGGUGUACUGGAGCGGUCCCAUGGCCCAACACACCGACCGACCCAACAAACUGGAGCGAGAGAAGACCUUCAAACUGCUUGAUGUAGCCACAUUUCUGAGUGAGCUUCAGAGCUGUUUACAAGGGAAGGGACCUACACCUUCUUAUGGCAUUGAGCUCUGCUUUGGAGAGGAGUAUCCAGACCCAAACAUACCUAAAAGCAGGAAGCUGAUCAUGACACAGGUGGUGCCCUUGUUUGCAGUAGAGCUGCUGCAGAGGUUCAACUUGGGGGAGACCGAGGAAAAGCGUCCGACUCUUACCAUCAACAUAGACGGAGAGAAGGUGUAAGAAUGCUGGGAAGAGCCACCCUGCGCCAGAGCAGGCAUGAACAAUGUACAAGUGAAGCUGUAUUCCUUCCCUGUCAUCAUCACAAACGACAGCCUAAGGGCAGAGCAAAAAAUACAGAGAAUCGUCAGUGGAGAUGUAUAUAUGAUGAAUCUAUUUGUAAUGCAUCAAGGGAAAUUUAAUGUAAUGUCCUUUAUUAUUACCUUGUAAUUGAUUUUUUUUCUCUGUCCACCAUGCAGCUAGACUUGCAAGAGUUUAAUGUCAGCAAAUAAAAUAUGCUAACAUGUAUGUUGACUUUUUACCACACUUUUUUUUGUCAAUCUCAUAUUUGUCAUAUAUAUUAAAUGAUAAUUUAACUGUAUAGUACUUUACAAUGCAAGCAGGGAAUAA